AUGUCCCAACAACAAUUGCCAGAAAUUUCGAUCGAGGACAUUCAAACUGAUUAUUGGCUUGUUAUCGAUUCAAAAAUUGUUGACUUCUCGGAAUUUAUAUGGAAACAUCCUGGAGGUCCAAGUUAUUUAAAAGAGUAUUUGCACAAAGAUGCCACAGAAAAAUUCCAUUAUUUCGGUCACAGUGAAAGAGCAAUGGAGAUGGUCAAUGAAAUGGCUAUUGGUGUAUUAAAGAAGGAUGCAUAA